AUGAUUCACGGACCAUGUGGAUCAUUAAACUUCAAUGCACCAUGCAUGAGUGAUGGAAAAUGUAUAAAAAAAUAUCCAAAACCAUACUUGGAUGAUACAAAAACUGAAGAAGACGGCUAUCCCAAAUAUAGAAGACGAUCACCGAAAAACGGUGGCUUCACAGCAAAAAUACGAAUACAAGGCAAAGACGAACUGGAAAUAGAUAACCAAUGGGUAGUACCAUAUAACCCACUACUUUCGAAAAUGUUCCAAGCUCACAUAAACGUUGAAUACUGCAAUUCAGUAAAAUCUAUUAAAUACAUAUGUAAGUACGUCAACAAAGGUAGUGAUAUGGCAGUAUUUCAAAUAGUCCAAAAUAGCGAACAAAAUAACAGAAAUGAUGAGAUUUUCAUGUACCAAAUGGGAAGAUACAUCAACAGUAACGAAGCAGCAUGGAGGAUUUUUAGUUUUCCCAUACAUGAACGCGAACCAGCUGUGCAGCAUCUAGCAGUACAUUUGGAGAAUGGACAAAGAGUUUACUUCACAAGAGAGUGGGCUAGAAAAAUUGCAAGCGAACCACCUGAGAACACAACAUUAACAGCUUUUUUCCAACUGUGCCAAACGGAUUCAUUCGCAAAGACAUUACUGUAUGUUGACGUCCCUAUUUAUUAUACGUGGGACAAAACAAGGAAAAUUUUUCAACGACGAAAACAAGGAAUACCAGAGGAGGGUCAUCCAAAAAUCAUGAAAGCUGACACAAUAGGUCGAGUAUACACUGUACAUCCAAACAAUGCCGAAUGUUUCUAUCUCCGGAUGUUGUUACACGAAAUACGGGGACCAACAAGUUUCACAGAUCUAAGGACUAUUAACGGCUACCUAUGCCAGACGUACAGAGAAUUAUGUCAACGCUUAGGAUUAUUGGAAAACAAUAACCACUGGGAAUUAACACUACAAGAAGCUACACUCACAGCUUCAGCUGAACAACUUCGGGAGUUAUUCGCCAUAAUUCUAACAACAUGUAACCCAUCAAACCCAAAACGACUAUGGGACGCUUUCAAGAGGAGUAUGAGUGAUGAUAUAUUGUACCAAAUCCGACAAACUAACCCAGAACUGACUAUAGAAUUCAAUGAUGACAUCUUCAAUGAAACACUCAUUCGCUUAGAAGAUAAAUGUUUAGCAAUAAAUAACCAGGCUUUAGUAGAACUUGGAAUGCCAGCACCACAAAGAAAUGCUUUCAGUGUGUUAAACUACGAAAUUACAAAAGAAAAAAGCUACAACACCAAUGAACUGCUUGAAUACAUUGCUCACAACAAACCACUCCUCAAUGACAAUCAAAAAAAGUUUACAACGUUAUAA